AUGGAUAUCGAUGAAGAUGCCGACAGACUGGGAAUCUUUAAACCUAAGGGAAAGCCGUUGCGUGGUAGCGGCAGGAGAUAUCUUGAAGACGAUGAGAUCAUCGCUGCUCGGACCUAUGUUCUUCUGAAUUGUUCCGAAAUCGAAGAUUAUCGAAGGGUUUUUGUGGCCGGAUUGCGCGAAAGGAACAGUGACAUAAGUGAAACAGAAAUUGAAAGAGUGCUUGAAAGUGAUUUCGCCUCUUGGUUCGAACAAUAUGUGAAAGAUCCAACUGUCUGUACUAAUCCGUUUAUUCUUAGUCUCGCAAAGGGACCGUGUAGAAAGGUCACCACAUAUAAGGGAUACUAUGUAAAUGGCUUCAAAUUUCUGACUCAGGAAUAUGGGCAGGAUCAACUUACAAUGAAUAGCGGUGUGUGCGUAAGGGGAACAGAAUAUGUUGAGGGUGAAAAUGACUUUUAUGGAGUGCUAACGGACAUAAUUGAGUUAGAGUAUCCAGCUCUACCAAUGAAGCAGACCGUCAUUUUCAAAUGCGAAUGGUUCGACCCUAUGGAUACAGGCACUGACACUACCAAUCGAUACAACUUGCUAGAUGUUAAUCACAGACGCAGGUACAAUAAAUACGAACCGUUCAUUUUGGCAGAACAUGCUGACCAAGUUCACUACCUUCCAUAUCCAAGUAGAAAACGGGACAAAGUAAAUUGGUGGGCAGUUUGCAAAAUUAAGGCACGAUCAGAACUUGACAUGCCCGAUGCAAUUAUCCCGGCCUUUCAAGAUGACAUUGAAGAAAAUCCCCUUAUAGUUGAAACGGACGACAAUCCCACAAAUUUAGCUGACCUGAAUGAGGUGGCGGACGAAGAUGCUUUUUGUAUGAGAGGGCAGGGUGGUUCAGGUGAUCCGACUAGAGGUCGGGGACGUCGGGGUUACCCAGCUAGAGGUCGUGGUCGGGGUAACCCAGCUGUGCGUGCCCCUGUUGAGGAUAUCCCUGUUCAGGAUCAGCAGCAGGAGGUGGAGGCGGCACCCCCCGUUCAGCCCCGACAGCUAGGAGAGCCCCCUGCAGAGCUGGAUGAUCAGGGGAGGGCACUGUGUUUCCCAGACGCCAGCAUGGAGAGGCUGUUGAACUCAGGACCAAUCUCCCGAUCUAUGCGGGAGAUCUUUAGAAAGUGCUGGUUCGAGAAUGGGCGAGCCUGGCGGUUUCUGACUCCAGAGCAGAGAGAUUUCUAUUGGGAGGAAUUUAAGAAGGAAUACUGGUGGGAUACGACGGAUUACAGCGACGACGUCAUCAAAGGUGUAUUCAUGACGCAUGCUGCCAACCGAUACAAGGACGUUAUUCACAGGAUGAGAGAGAAGGACGGAAAACAUACCUCGAUCAGCCAAGAUAUCUGGGAUUCCUGGCAGGCCGUCUGGGCGUCAGAGGACGAGAAGAAGAAGUCCGAUGUAGCUCGCGCUAAUCGGAUGAGCGAGCCUGCUGGAGCCGGUUCCGGACCAGUGCGCCAUACAGGGGGAUCCCGUUCCGCCAUCAGACAUAUGGAUGUGUUGGCUGACGAGCUCGGCCGCAAGCCUACCGCAACGGAGCUGUAUACUCGGAUGCACUCCACGAAAGCUGAUAAGGGUGUCAUGGUAGACAAGAGGGCCCAAGACAUGAGUGAUGCAAUUGCUCAGAGACUUGCUGCUGCAUCGCAGCCGCCGACCGGAGAGGGUGGUUCGUCUAGCACAGCGGAAGUCAACGAGACGCAGCUAUUUCUGGAUAUCGAGGGCGUCAACAAGAAGCGGCGUGUCUACGGGUUGGGUUCAGCGACUAGUGCGUACGUGGAUACGACGACGUCUAGUAGGGCGAGGACCAGGUCCACACAGUCACAGCGAACUGAGGAGGAGAUCGAGCGGCGUGUGCAGGCAGGGAUCCAAGAUGGACUGCGCCAGAUUACCACUGAGGUGGAGGAUGGCCGAUAUUAUUCGGGCCGAGAUGGCGAAGAUGAUACAGACUCUUCCUCCGCAGUAUCGCCCACCCCCAAGUCCUUCAGACGAUGA